AUGUUGGUCUCCCGUAUAGCCAUUCUCUUCAGCGUUAUCUCCGCCCCCGCCGCGAUAGCGAAGGUUAUCUCAAGGAGAGCUAGCAAUCUCGUUUAUAACUCGCAUGAAAUCCGCGACGAGGAGCCCACGUUUACUCGGGACCCAGAUGCACCUAAGGACUGCACUUUAUGGUACGGUCAUGAAGGUACCUAUGAUUGCGAUUCAAUUUCCGAUACCUUCUCUAUCUCAAAGGAGGAAUUUAUUCUCUGGAAUCCAUCGUUGGGUGCGUCUUGUGAGCUGCAAGUGGGAUACUCUUAUUGUAUCAGGGUCUUGCAUUCGCCUACAUCUAGUCCUGCUCCUAGCCCGUCCUCUAUAGAGCCUCCUGUUUCAGAGGAGGGGGAAGAUGGCGAUGGUGAAGAAGACGGCGAGAAUGAAGAUUUACCUCCGGUCAUAGACGGCGACGACAAGGAUGGCGAGUCUGCGACACCAACUAAUCCUGGGAACGGAAUCAAGACCCCUAGUCCCACGAUACCUGAUAUCGUAGACAACUGCGACGCCUUUUACAUCAUUGAAGAAGGCGACUCUUGUGUAGCGGUGGCGUCCCAGAAUGGCAUCACGCUCUCGGACGUCUUUGCCUGGAACCCAUUUAUCGACUCAGAGUGUUCGAAUCUCUUGAUUAGUUACAAUGUCUGCGUGUCUAUCGUCGGACAUGAGCCCGCACCGCCAAACGGAGUCGAGACCCCGGCACCAAUCCAGCCAGGCAUAGUGGAUGAUUGUAAUAAAUUCCAUUAUGUUGAGAGCGGGGACGAAUGCCAGGCGAUUUCUUCGAAGUAUGGUAUUAGUCUUGAUGAUUUCGUCAAGUGGAAUCCGAAGGUGGGAGGGAAAGCGUGUACCGGUCUCUGGUUACAUAGCUACGUCUGCGUAGGGGUUAUUUGA